GGAGGGAAGGAGGGAGGCAUAGCAGCCUAGCAAGAGAGGAGAGAGAGAGAGAGAGAGAACAACCAAAGGAAUUAAAGGUGGUAUUGAACUAUAAUAUUGGGUUGUUGUCUUUGCUCUUGAUCAUCUUGAUUUUCUUCAUCUUGAUCUUGAUCUAAUAAUAUCAGAGAGGAGAGGAGAAGAAUGGCUUUUGCAGGAACAACACAGAAGUGCACAGCAUGUGAGAAGACAGUGUAUCUUGUUGAUCGCUUAACUGCCAAUAACCGAAUUUACCACAAGUCCUGCUUCCGUUGUUACCAUUGCAAAGGCACCCUCAAGCUUAGCAACUUCAACUCUUUUGAGGGAGUCCUUUACUGCAAACCUCACUUUGAUCAACUCUUCAAGAGAACUGGCAGUCUGGACAAGAGUUUUGAAGGAACACCAAAAAUCUUGAAACCAGAAAGACAGAUUGAUAGUGAGAAUGCAAACAAGGUCUUAAAUGCGUUUGCUGGUACCAGGGAUAAAUGUGUAGGGUGUAGCAUGACUGUUUAUCCAAUUGAGAAGGUGUCUGUCAAUGGAAGUGCUUAUCACAGGAGUUGUUUCAAAUGUUCGUAUGGAGGUUGUACCAUAAGCCCAUCCAAUUACAUUGCACAUGAGGGAAAACUCUAUUGCAAGCACCACCACAUCCAACUCUUCAGGGAGAAGGGUAACUACAGCCAGCUUGAGGGCGACCUCGAAAAAGAGUCCGCGCUGGAUUCCAUGGAGAUUGCUGCUGAAUCAUGAUCCUCUACUAUUGAACAAAUUCUCCUCAUUCUCUCUCUUGUUUGUUUUCUCACAACAUCAAUGUUGUUGUCGCAGUGUUUUAAGGAAGCUUUCUUUGCCGAGUCCAUAAUGGUUUUAUACGGUGAGAUGGGUUGGUUUUUGUCCUUGGGCUCUUGAGUGAGUUUUGUGGAAGCUUUUGGUUUAAACUAAUUGUGUGAUGACACAUUGUGCACUAUAUAUGGAGAUUGUGUUGUGUUGAUUCAAA